AUGCCGAACAAUGCGUCGUUCAGGCCCUGCGAAAGGCGUGGCUCGUCUUGUGAUACAACCGUCCUACCAUUGCAGCUUGGGUAUCAAAGGAUUAUCAAACCAAGAUCGGGUCAAGACAUACCAACAAAUCCGGAAUGCGCUGAUUUGGAGAGCUGGCUCGGAAGGACCUUCGUCACACUCUCGACUGGCCAGAUUGGUGCAGAAUCGGCAGACGCAGAUCCGCCUGCCCCCAAGCACCCGACAUGCUUGGUGUUUCGCCAACCCCCUACCACCAGCGAGGCGAACACCCCAGUUGUCCGCCGUGAUCUCGUGCUUCGCUCACCGCACAACAUCAUCAGUGGCAUUAGCAUCCUCAUGAUGUUCAGCAACCGGGUUGCCCAAGCCUCGGAGGCCUAUACCCAUGGUGACGAGUAUUGGUUGCCGGUCUUGGAUGACUCCGAGGCUGCCGACCUCAGCCCAUCGUAUUGCAUUGCCGCCACUGUGCCGCCCAAGCUUACCCAGGGCCGGGAACAGAGAGUGAAAGUCAUCGUGGCCCAGAGAGCUUCUGCCACAUCAAUCCCGGACGUCGAGAUCCUCGCUCUGCCGUUCAAGCGACGCCCGCCCGUCCCUAGCCGCCAUCAGCGCUUGGGUCCUUGCCUUGAGCCGAGUGUGAUGCGAAGCCUGGCGAUGCCGUCGUCGCCACCCGCAGCCCACCGUUGCGGACAACCCCUGGAUGGGGAGCAGCGCUGUAUCCUGAAGUCGGAGAUGGCUUCGGCGAGCAAGCAGCCGGCCAGAUAUGCCUCCACCUGA